UCAGAGGACAGUCUGGACGCUCGAGCUGCAUUAAUGCGCCAUCGCGCUUAGAACAGUCAGUACGUGAAAACGAGUUCGUAAGGAUUCCGCGUUGGUUGUCCUGUUUAACUACUUUUGAUUAUCUAUAAUCGUGUGAUUGCAACAUAAAGCUGUUAAAGUUUAUAGGAUAUUGCCAACAUUUGUCAAGCUGAGCCUCUCGUUUGUUUGAAAUGUGAUUCCAUUGAACUUGGACUAUUGUUGUUGGAUGAGAAGCUCACCUUGGCUUUGAGGCUUCUGGUAUCCAAUACUACGGAGCAAACUUUGGUCGAAUUGCAGAUGUUGAAGGCUGGACACUAUGCUUUAAGGAUAAAAAUGGCCACAUGUCCUGGAUUCUUGGAAGAAUUUUCAUCCUGACCACUGUCCUGGAUCUACACCGUCAUAGGAAAGAGUGACUCAUUUCUUGUCAAAGAAAGACUUUUACGAUUUUUAUUUUUCUGUGGACAUUAUUUGAGUAGUCAUCAUGCCAAUUCUGAAGCAGCUCGUGUCCUCGUCCUCCCAGUCGAAGCGACGUUCUCGUGCUGACCUGACUGCGGAGAUGAUCAGCGCACCUUUGGGAGACUUCCGUCACACUAUGCACGUGGGUCGAGGAGGUGACGCGUUCGGGGACACCUCCUUUCUUAGCACCCGCUCAGGGGAGCCACCAAAGGAGCCGGAGGUACAGCAGAGCUCACCUAAACAGAGCCUCCUUUCUCGUACAUUCCGAAGCAGCAAACGUUCGCAGUCGGCCAAUCGUGACAAGCUUGACAAAUCCAAACUGGCGCCCCCUGGUGGUUCGCCGAGUUAUGUAAAAAAUGCAAUCUCACUGCCAUAUUUGAAUGACGAUGACACAGGACUAAGUACUGGAAUCCGCUUUCCCAAGAGUGUGUCCUCAAGUCCUUUAAAGAAACUUCCAAAUGACGAAAUAAAACCACUUAAUGGAGCCACGGCAUCCCCUGUAUCAGACUUAGAGCUGGACGAGAGGAAUUUUGGAGAGCUGACUGACUUGCGUCCAUCGGUUCCUUAUACCGGAGGCAUGAAACGUACCGAGUCCAUCAUGUCCUUCAACAUUGAUCUGGGUCCCUCAAUGCUUGGUGACAUCUUGAGUGUGAUGGACAAGAAGGGCAUUGACGAUGACGAUCUGGGAUAUGAAGAGGGGAAGAGUUGCGAGGGAUUCAGCUCGCCAACCCAAAGCCCACCCAACGAGGUGGAAGAAGAGGACUCUCUUCCUCCAAUCCGGCCCCCACGCCAAAGGCCAGUCACCGACACUUACACUCCAGAGCUCCAAACCAGGAACCAUCAAAACCUGGACAGCUGUUCCCUCUCCAGUUCAGGCUCCACCGUGCUGGAUGAAAAAUCCCACAAUCAGAUGUAUGAGGGGAACACAAACAACAUCAAGUUCAGCUCACCUCGAGUUCAAGACGACGGGGACUUCUCCUACAUGGAUGACGACGAUGAUGACGAGAUUAGGGUGUAAAGUGAACCGUAAGGUGCCAGAACAGUCUUUUGCAAAGACUAAAAGAAAUGGUGGAAGUGGGUUGUGGUCAGUUUGUGGAAUAUAAAGCCUGUACAUUGACUUGGAGGACUGAUUUUAUAAUGGAGAUGAAAGGGAAAAAAAAUAGUUUUAGCCCUUGCUAAAGGCUUUUAGAUCAGGUAUAUAAACCCUUUGUUACUAGUGACUUUCACCAGAACCAACACAGCUGUGAGAAAAAAUGUGCUUGCGUGUUUGGAUAUGCCAAGGCAAGGGAAUUCCAUUUCAAAUGGUAAUUACAGUCUCGUGAGUAUCAUUAAUGAAUUCCAGUGUUGACCACUUGGAAUGCUGAUACAGGAGGUUUGUGUGGAACCAAGCCUCACAUUCUCCCAUGAUAGUUGCAGUACUCUAGCUAAUGCCUUUACAUCCUAAAAAAAAAACGCCAACUAACGCCAACAGUCUUAAGUUUCCUACUGUAUGUUUUACAGGUUUUGAUUCCAUCUUUAAGUUCCUAAAUUCUUAAUUUUGCCUUGUAUACAAAACCAUUAUGAUGUAAAUGGUGAGAUGAUUGGAAUACCAUUAAUGUGUUUGGAGGUUUAACAGAAUGCUUUAUCUCUGGUAUAUGUUACCUUUUUCCCAGUUGUGUAUGAAGUAGAUCUGGACUUUGUCAUGUGUUCCAUGCAUGUUUGAGAGGAUUUCCUGUCAGGUAUCCUGUCAGAGUUUUGAGAUUGAUGGGAUGCAGAAACCGAAAGCAGUGGUGACGUCACAUUACUUGUAGGCAGUAGAAUCAGUCCAAGUGGAACCAAUUUCAGUUUGUGUCAAGAGGGCUGAGGAGUGUUAUUUGAUUAUCAUUGUACAGGCUCAUAGAGGAAGAGUGUAGCUCUCUUAUUCAGGGUCUAACGUAGUGCCUCGCUCAUCAGCAGAAGUGGUUCUGGAGGGUUUCAUCUCUGAAUGACUUUAUAGUUCUUAGAGAGAGAUCAGCACCCCAUGAUGAGACUGUAACUUCUAUAGCCACUCUGGGAGUUAGUUCCAUACCCUUUGCACCAGUUAAAUGUAGACACUAUUGUACUUUAUUAAAAUUCUUAAUGAGCAAACUCUCACCACCAUCCAAUUUUAUGUUAAAGUUAUGUAAAGCUUUCACUAUUUUUCCUUAAAGGUGAAGUGUGUAAUUUCUGCACCAUCGGCAGCACUAAAAUGAAAUCUAAAAAAAUGCAAAAAAACAUUUUUAGUUUUUUUUUUUUUUAGUUGGGAUCUUUACAUAAAUUGCAGGACUAUGAUAACCAAUCAUUAGAGUUUGAAGGCGGGGCUACACAUUUGUUUGACAAGUGGCAGUCUGGUAAUGUUUGAAACUUGUUAUUUUUUAAAUUUUGUUUAGUGCCACAGAAAAAAAACACUUCAGAUUUAGGUCAUUGAGACUUUCACAAACUAUACUAACAGCAAAUUUGCCCUUAUACUGGCAGGAUUAUUAACACUAUUAGAGGCUGUGGGGUUUCCACUGAAAACCUAAAAUAAUUACCAUCUAUUAAAGCUAGUAUUAAAAGUUAAUUGUGCACUUUGGUAAUUUCGUUUUUUGUUUUUUUUUCAUGACACAAAGUUAUGGUUUGGGGAGAUAAUUUAAAACCGUCCCUCUCUUGAUAUAUGUACAUCAUGUUCAGUUAAUCAUUUACUGUAUAUUUGAGUCUUUUGAUUGAUGCUGUUGUUUAGUCAAGGGUGUUGGCCCUGUUAUCUGACAUUUAUAUAAGCACGCUGAACUAAAGAGAGCACCAUUUUGUAGAAUUGGUUAUUUUUUUUUAAUCUCUUGGUUUCAGUGGCACAGAAUUGUUUGUACAGACCUCUCUGUGGCCUCUUACCUUCACUUUGUGAGCUCAGUAAGGCUUUAUAUCCACUCUAAGUCUACAGCUACAUUAUUUCCUUGCUCACCUGUCAAGUGUUUUUGGUUGAUUUGUGAAAUCAGCAUGUUUGUACAGAGAAAAAAGCAAGGUAUGAUUUGUAAGAAAGAUGUUUGUAAUGCUGUCUCCAUGUUUCCUAGAGAGGAUUUCACUGUGGGUAUAGAACGGUUUGGAAAGGGCUUUAUUAAUUGGGUUCGAAGGGCUUGGGUUGCCUGAUAUCUGGUCAAAAUGCUGCAUCGUGCUGUUUUGUCUGUGAGGACAAAUGGGGGAUAAUCGAAUGUGCCAGUGUCUUCUAUUCCUCUGUUUUGUUGCCCAGUUUUUGAUCAUUUUAUAGGUUAAAGAUGUGGUUGUGGAGAUAUCACCCUGCACACAAAACUUUUGAAGAAGACCAGAUGUCCAGAACUGAAAAGUGAGCUGGAACGCUGGACUUUUUUAGAGCAGCAGGCUCCAUCUACAGUUUCUGGGUAGUUUUCUUUCAGGACAUUAAUACUUUUACUUGUGUCUAUGCUUACAGAGAGAAAACUGUACCCUCCAUAUACAAUGGCAUAGAGGUUUCUAUAGUUUCUUUGCUUGGUUGUGCACACAGGUUUAUAAUAAUUUAUAACACCACAAUCAUCUACAGGUGCUGCAGAAAAAUGGUCGUCAAAACACUAAAAUAUAGUAUGAAACCAUAUCUUUAAUUUCCAGGUAUUUGCUGUUUAUUUUAUUUCACUUAAUGGCUGUAUCAUUAUGUAUUGAAAUAAUAUGAAUAAUGUCCUGCCUUAAUUUCCCAUGCAAAACGACAGUUAUAUUUUUCAAUAAAAGAAAAAGCUGAUAAACUUCA